AUGUUUGUUCCCAAGGCAGCCUUACGAAACCCUCGGAGGCGCCCACGCACGAGCUCUGAUGAUUCGGUGAAGCCACCAAAAGCAAAGAGACAACGCUCUGUGUUGCGACAGGAAGGAAAUUCGCCAUCUGUCAUUGCGGACCAUGAUAAUGGACGAGAGCUCGUCGAGUCGGCCACUUCAUUAUCGCUCAAUGAUCAUUUAGAUGGUGAUGCGCGUCUCCCAAUCAGAGGUGUGAAGCCAAACGAAGAGCCGAACAACGAUCUUGAAGGUGCAAUUGUUUUGUCCAGCACAGAUUACUACACCGUCGACCAACUCCCAGCGUUACCAGAUCAAAUUAGGGGCGCCCAGUCAGAACCGCUUAAAUGCUUCUUCGCAACGGGUCAAGAUUACGCACUCGCUUUGACACACUCAAAUGCAGUUGUUUGGCCCUAUUCUGUCCCAAAUUCAACACCAUCACCAUCAGAGACCUUCACGGUGUCCAUUCCCGAAUCAUGCAGAGAAUCCAGUGGGCCCGUGCCGCUAGGUGUCCUAAUCUCGGCUGCCACAGGGGAAUAUCCGGGACUCUUGGUCAUUAUCCCGUCAACAGGGAAAAUUAUCUACUGGGAAACGGUGUCCGGGGCUGCAACUCUAGGGUUAUCUCGCCAAAAACAGAAUGGAAUCCAAGGGUCUAUACCAGGUCUUUUUUCCGGCGAAUAUGCCACCGAUAUCAUGAAUUGCGAGCCUUCGGGAAUUAUUGCAACUUUCUCAUCAGGACGUGCGGCUCAUAUAAACCUCAGAGACUCACAAGGGAAACCCUCUGUGUUCGUGAACUUCCUGAGGAGUGCAACGGGCAUGGGAGGAGGUGGAUUUCUUGGAGGAAUCAAGAAUGUUCUAGGUGGGGGCUACUGGAGGAAAGAAGUCACAGCCGUGCACGCAGGUGGAUCUCGCCAGCGAGGCCAACGUGAUGUGAUUAUCGCAACUUCAGCCGGCACUGUGGAAAUAUGGGAUACCCACUGGAACCAUGGGAAUGCUUUAAAGAAGAAAUAUGAUGCCAAAGAUGAUAUUCUUACUGCGCUACCAUGCAUAUCUCAGGAUGCAGGGAAGUUGGUGGGGGAGCCCGAUCUGAAGGUUAUGGACUUUGCAUACUCUAGCCAGCAAUCUUCGGAUGAGCUUGGUCACCAGGAUUCAGAUGAAUCGUGGCGACUAUUUCUGGUCGUGAGCUCUGCGCAGUGGCUUGAUGCCAAGAAGGUUUUCGUUGUUGAAGUGCAUCUGACUGGAAAAGAGUCUCAGGUGCUAUCCACCCGCGCUGUAGAUCUCAACAGCAUUCCGGCUCAACGAGAGGAAUUCAAACCGAAGAUAUUGGUUUCGAAAUCUGAAAGCGUUGCCUUCAUACUGAUAGGACAAUCAAUCAUUGUCUUAUCGCUCACAAGCGCCAUACAGGAGACACCGAGCUCUCAAUUGCUCCAGGGUUCGGAUGCACUGUUCCUACCUUUCCAGGAUACCAUUCACCUCCAAUCUGGCGCAGACCACGAAAUCCUGGGAUAUGGUACAGAGGGUUUCUCGGGGAGUGAUAGCCGCGCUUCGUGUGUAAUGAUGGUUCGAAACUUCGGUAUCAUCCGUGUGAAUGUGGCCCCCCAGUACCCAACAGACGACCGAGCAGAUGAGGGUAAACUUAGUGCAAAGCACAAGCUUGAGCAGGCAAUAUUCUUCGGAACAAUGGCGAGGAAUCCUUUGGAUUUAGUUGGUGACGGCGGCUUAAGGUUUUCUCCCGAUGAAAUCGAACAAGCGUCGUUAGAAAUCUGCGGAGACCUUCUUCGGUCAGAGUCGCGAUUCAUCCCUAACCAAUCAAUCUCAAUUGAAGAAAAUCUACGCCUGAGAGCAAAAGCUCUAGACGACCUUGCGUCGUUGCUGGGGCAGAAGGGCAACCCGCUAAGCCGCCCGGCCAGGUGGGAGUUGCUAUGGGGUGCAGAGAAGCUUGCCGCUCAAAGAGCCAUGUGCACGCUGGAGAAUGCGUUUCGGUCUAAAGAUGAGAGCCUCUUUAUCAGCCAUGUCAUUGACUCUAUGAACGACAAAUUCAAGACAACCCCCGCCACUAGCUCAACGGGUGAACCGACAGACCCUACGCGUCAUUGGUUCCUACGAGACUCCUUUCAGAUGGAACAUAUUAUUCCAUGGAUAAAAAAUGCGAUCAAGCCCCGUCGCGGUAAUUCCUCGAAGCAUGCGCGGAAAUUGUCUGAACAGAUUCUCCAAGCCAGUGAGGUACUUCUUGCGAUCAUGGAAACAGCCUACAACUUUCGCGAUCUGCACGCUUCCUCGUACGGUCUCGGAGAUGAUUUUCUGGAAGACGGUGUCCUCGCUGACGGAUAUGAAGACCUUCCAGAACCCUGGACAUCCAGAGCAGUAGGCUAUACCGAGACAGGACACCUACUUGACUGGGAGCUAGACAGCUGUCGCUCUUGGAUCCAGCAGAAGACAGCAAGCGCUGAUGCGCCUGACAGUCAAACUUUGAAGAAGAUUGCCGAGAACAGUGCCCGCCAUCUCCGUGUCCUCGGUCAAAUGCACCGGGAGCGAACCCGCUGGCUUGCUGCUCAAGGCAACCCAAAAUUAACAGAUGAGAGUCUUUCCAUUGAGCAGGCACAUGUCAAGGAGCGCAAAUGGCAACUUUUCAAGCUGGCCGGAAUUGGUCAUCUCCAGGAUGCGCUCAGCCUGGCGGAGCGGUUUCGAGACAUGUCAGCACUGGUCGAGCUCAUAAUUGAGCUCCAGGAUCAGGUGAAAAGCCAGCAAGUCCAUGGUGAUUUGGCAGAUGCUCCAGCCUCCGGAGAGAGUGAGGCUGAUGUUGCGUAUCGAAUCUCGCAAUAUUUUGAAAAAUUUGGCGAAUCAUGGGCGGAUGCGUACUUCUCACGGCAAAUUUCUAUGGGUCACCCGGGAGCGUUACUUUCUAUGCGAAAGUACCAACCAUCGAUCACCCGUUUCCUGCGAAACACACCUGCAUAUUCUAAGCUAAGCUGGAUUAAUGAUGUUAACGGUGAGGAAGAUUACGAAACUGCUGCAAUCUGUCUGGAAAACCUAGCCAUUGGCAGCGAAAAGCAGCUAUGGUGUCACCGCGUCCAAGUCUCAUUAGCAAAACUCAGCCGGUUGGCUUCGCGUGAGGGUACUCCAUUUAGCGAUCACGCGCCUGCGUUGCAGGAGGACAUCAGACGCCUGGAUGACUACAGCGAAGUCGAUGAAGUGCAAGAACUUCUCCAAGUUCACGUUCAGCCUGUUUUAGAGGGUGCAAUUGAUCAGAAGGCCGAGGCAGAACUGGCGUUAGAUUACUUUGGAGGUCACCUUGUUGACGAUCGCCCUUCCCUGCAUGAGAUACUUGGCGAUAUUUUCUCUACCCUAGUGAGCCGAAGGAUUGUCGGUGCGGACGGCUUGAUUGAUUUAUUGACUCUGAUGGGCUCCCCUGCCCAGUCCUCUGAAGAGAGAGAUAGUGAGCUUUCUGGCCGGGAGUUCUAUCAAGCUCUCCGGGUGCUUGACCACAGCCGCUAUGCUCAACGGGAUCCAUCAUAUGUUUCGGCAUUGCGGAAAUUGAUCUGGCGACGAUGCAUGAUCAAGGAUGACUGGGAGGCCCGCGGAAAGGCGGCUGAGGAAUCUAAUGGAGAUACCAGUAGCGCUGCUAGUUCCACUGCCCUCCAUCACACUCUUUGCUGCUGUCUAGCCGAUCAUGCCGGUGUAGGCCCCCAGUCUCUGUACAAGCCUAUUUCCCCAGCCGAUGGUCUCAUGGCUGAAUCAGAAUCAGAAAUUCUUGUCUCCCGCUUUCGCCCCGAGCAAAGAGCCCGGGUGGCGAUUGACUUAAAGCGAGAAAGUGAUCUGCUACAGGAAUACAUCAAAACAGGGAAGCUGGACUUCUGGUAUCAGAAUAUCCUUUCCUCCGUUGCGUCCCUGUCAUCUACUGGAGGUGCUGCUCUGCCUGGGGGCUCUGAUCUUGGUGGAAUAUAG